CACGAGUCGCAGCAAUAAUCUAACAUUUUUAAAUCAACAUAGAUAAUCUAACCUACGCCACAAACACCUUCUUCCCUUUCACCCAAUUAAGUUCCUAUGCCACUUUUUGUGACUUGCGAUCGAGACACAAAUAUGGAAUAGAAUAACACACUUUUCUUCCUUCACCAUCAAUCACUCUAACCUCAUCUUUAAUAUCAAUAUACACCAAUUUAAGAAGCCCUAGGUAGGGUGAAAGAAAUUAAUAUGGGAAGGGGAAAGAUUGUGAUACGAAGGAUCGAUAAUUGUACAAGUAGGCAAGUGACUUUCUCAAAGAGAAGAAAGGGAUUGAUAAAGAAAGCCAAAGAGUUAGCAAUCUUAUGUGAUGCACAAGUUGGACUUGUUAUCUUCUCCAGCACUGGAAAGCUUUAUGAAUAUGCAAACACCAGCAUGAAAUCAGUGAUUGAGAGAUAUAACAUUUGCAAGGAAGACCAACAAGUGACAGAUCCAGAAUCUGAAGUCAAGUUUUGGCAAAGGGAGGCAGACAUUUUAAGGCAGGAAUUACAGAAUCUACAAGAAAACCAUCGGCAAUUGAUGGGAGAACAGCUUUAUGGUUUGAGUAUCAGAAAUCUACAAGAUCUAGAGAAUCAAUUGGAACUGAGUCUCCAAGGAGUCCGCAUGAAAAAGGAGAAAAUUCUGACAGACGAAAUCCAAGAGCUGGACCGAAAGGGAAACAUAAUCCAUCAGGAAAAUGUGGAACUUUAUAAGAAGGUAAAAAUCUCAUUCAACAAGAAAACACACAACUACACAAAUAGGUCUACGGCACAACUGAUACCACAACAAUUAAACACGCAUUUGUUCAAUUUCCGUAUGGUGUUCGUGGAGGAGGAGAAUAUCCACAGACAUUAUUUCAACUUCAGUUAUGCCAGCCUGAACAAGAACAGUAUUGUGAGACCUCAGGCAGUGCAAGUGCAACAAAAUGAAUGUGUCAAGAGUUAAGACUCUCAAGUCUUAAAAGAAAGACAUAAAUUAACAUUUCUAUGUUAUGCAGCAUAAUAAUCACAUUUUGGUGAAGUGAGAAUAAUAUUUUCUUAUGGAUUAAUAAUAAUAAUAUUAAUAAAACUCAAUGCACUACUCAGAGAUACAACAAUCAACACAUGUGUGAAUGGUGUCGAUCAUUUGCCAUGAAAUUGUUUGAGUGCA